CGUUUCUCCAGAAUCACUUCCGGAGUUCCCAUGCCAAUAACUGAGUUGAAAAGCGUCAUAUCCAAGUUGGAAAUUAAGGAAAAGCAAAGGUUUGUUGUGGACAUCCCGCUAGGUUUCGCAUCCCCUCUACCCCUGUAACAACCAAAUCAAGCAGCCCCAUCCAUCCCACUUAACCCUCAAGUCCUCUGAUCUGCAUUCCCCUUCACUCCAGCGGAGUGAUGACGGAACCGGGGCUGCUGACCGUGGUUCCCCCCGCGCUGAAGCGGCUCGCUCAGCAGGUGGUGCGCGGGUUCUACGGUGUGGAUCACGCGCUGGCCUUGGACGUGCUCAUCCGCAACCCGUGCGUGCGCGAGGAGGACAUGCUGGAGCUGCUGAAGUUCGAGCGCAAGCAGCUCCGUUCGGUGCUGAACACGCUCAAGGCCGACAAGUUCGUCAAGUGCCGCCUGCGCGUGGAGACCGCCGCCGACGGCAAGAGCACGCGCCACAACUACUACUUCAUCAACUACCGGCUGCUGGUGAACGUGGUGAAGUACAAGCUGGACCACAUGCGCCGGCGCAUCGAGACGGACGAGCGCGACUCCACCAACCGGGCCUCGUUCAGGUGCCCUUGUUGCCUCAGCACCUUCACAGACCUGGAGGCCAACCAGCUGUUCGACCCCAUGACAGGUGAGGGCUAGGAAAGUACAAGGAAG